GUGGCUGGCUUCUUGGCUCCCGGUCUCACCCAGGCUUUCCGACUGUGAUUGGCGAGCGAGCCUCCCCAGCUCCGACGGCCGUGACAUCAGCAGAAGCGGCGCAAGCAAAAGCAAAGGGGAGGAAGUUCACCAGCAGCACCUCAAGCCCGCUGCGAGCCUAGGCGGACGCGGAGCCGAAAGGGAAGCAUCUCUGCGCGCCGGGUGCUUGGGUGAAGUUGCAGCCGCCGCGCCGCCGAGCGGAGGAGGAAGCAGCCGCUGCUGAGGCUGGGUCUCCCCGCAGGCUGCUCUUUGCAACCGGGAAGGAAAAAGUGAAGUGGGGGUAGCCGCGGUAGCCCGGAAUCCCACGCCGCUACCACCAAAGAAGGCGAAGGGCUCCCGUCCUAUUUACAGCCACCCAUCCGAGUGAAAAGCGGGUGUUGGUGCUUCGCCGGCCUUGAUUCAGGGCGCAGCCUGACUUCCCUCGCCCCGGGAGACUCUCGCUUUUUUCCGGAGUCCUCCUUGGUUCCAGACCUCCUCCUGCCCACUCGCGAGCAGACAUGUUUUCCAGCCAGCCCGGGCCUGGGAGAAGGGCGCCGGCGGAGCGUUCGCUUUCCCCGCACUCUCCAUCAGGACAGCGCCCAUUAAGUCUGGAGUGAUGCGGACGUCGGAAAAGGUCGCCGGGCGAAAGCAGCAAAGCGGGAUCGCCGCGUGCCACCCUCCCCCCUCCUCCUCCUGGUCGCGCCCGGGUUAGAGCGAGCGAGCGAGCGAGCGAGCUCCGCCGGGAUGUUUCCUCCUCCGAAAAGCGAGCUGGGAUUGUGGCGGACGAGGCGCUAGAGCCAGGCGAGGCCCCGGAACUCGGACAGCCUCGCGCCUGAACGCGGCUUUUUCGCGGCCGCUUCGAAGUGCCGAGGGGAGAAGAACUGGAUUAGCCCGCCUUGCCGCGCGCUACCUCGGUCUCUUCUCCCCCCACGUCCUGCGCCUCCUUUCCCCCGCGGCCGGGACGCCCGAUCCCAUCCCGCUGUCGGAACAGAGCGCGGGGCCGGGGGGAGACGGGGCCGGAGUGCAUCGCGGGAAGCCGCUCGCUCGGCCAGGCGAGUUCGAUGUGGAGGCUGGCUCGAUGGACGUGCCCGAGUGCGCUGCUGCUGCUGCUGCUUAGGCGAUCGGCGGCAUCCUAAAAGGUUGAUGACCAUGGUGGCCAGGACCUGCUCUCUACUAGUGCUGCUGCUUUAUCACACACUGCUAGGGGGCUCUGCCAGUCUCAUCCCCGAGGUGGGUGACUGGCGAAGAUUCAGUGCCGAUUUGGACCAGCCUGCUUCGCUGCAGCUCUCAGAGGAGAUCCUGCGUGAAUUUGAACUGCGUCUGCUCAAUAUGUUUGGGCUUAAGCGGCGGCCCACCCCAACCAAGGAUGCCAUCAUCCCUUCCUAUAUGCUGGAGCUCUACCAUCUGCACACGAGUCAGAAGCCAGCUUCCAUGGACUAUAGUCUAGAGAAAGCGAGCAGCAGAGCCAACACUGUCAGGAGCUUUCAUCACGAAGAAACACUGGAAGAGCUUCCAGAAAGAAGUGGGAAGUCGUCUCGGCGUUUCUUCUUUAACUUAACUUCUAUCCCUGAUGGGGAGAUGAUCACUUCGGCUGAGCUUCAGGUUUUUCGGGAGCACGUUCAAGAUGCCGCUGAACACAACGGCAGCAAUCUUCAUCGUAUUAAUAUUUAUGAAAUUCUAAAAUCAGAACAAGAGACCUCCAAGGACCUUGUCACAAGCCUCCUGGACACCCGCUUGGUGCAUCACAAUGCCAGCAGAUGGGAAACAUUUGAUGUCACGCCAGCUAUAAGGAGGUGGAUUGCGCAUGGACAACCAAACCUUGGUUUUGUGGUAGAAGUGGUACCUUUGAACAAUGCCAGCAAUGUCUCCAAGAGACAUGUCAGGAUCAGCAGGUCAUUGCAUCAAGAUGAUGCUAGCUGGUCUCGGAUUAGACCCUUACUGGUCACCUUUGGGCAUGAUGGCGUGGGCCACCCGCUCCAUAAGAGAGAGAAACGUCAGGCCAAACUUAAGCCACGCAGGCGCCCUAAAUCCAAUUGUAAAAGGCAUCCUUUAUACGUGGAUUUCAAUGAUGUAGGGUGGAAUGACUGGAUUGUGGCCCCCCCAGGUUAUGGUGCCUUCUACUGCCAUGGAGAGUGCCCCUUCCCCUUGGCAGAUCAUCUGAAUUCCACCAACCAUGCCAUUGUUCAGACACUGGUCAAUUCUGUGAACCCCAAAAUUCCCAAAGCUUGCUGUGUGCCGACAGAACUGAGUCCCAUCUCGAUGCUGUACCUUGAUGAGAAUGAAAAGGUGGUACUAAAGAACUAUCAGGACAUGGUUGUGGAAGGUUGUGGGUGCCGCUGAUGCAGCAGCAAAAUUAAAGGGACAAAUGGAACCGAAAAAGAAAAACACACACCCAACUUGACACUUUAAUAUUUCCCAAUGAAGACCUUAUUUAUGUUAUGAUAUGGAGAAUUAAACACAUCUAUUUUGAAAAUCUAUUUAUGUCUACAGAAAAAAGUGAGGAAAGAUAUUUUAAUCAGAGAAUUAUUCCUUUUAAAGAUUUUUAAACAUAUUUUAGUUGUACAUUUUAUAUGGGUUUAACCCUCCCCCUUUCCCACAGCACAUGAAGUAUAAAGGUCAAAUUCUUAUUUUGUAUUUAUUUACUAUUAUAACCACUUUUUAGAAGAAUAGCUAAUUUGUAUUUAUAUGUGUAAUCCAAAACCAGCAGAAGAAAAAAAAAUAUAUAGGGUUUGUACAUAAUUUAAAAUGAAUGGUAGCUGUUUUCAGUUGUGUGUAUUUAAGUUGAAAUGCAGAAGGGCUGUUAUGGCAAAGAUGCAUAUAUCCCAUUUUGCUUUUUGCAGUUCUACUGUUAAGGUCACAAGUGUAAACCCAAUGAAAAGGGGCUAAUCCACCCUGCUGACUCAAGAUUAUACUGUACAAUUCUCAGGAAUGCUGCAGGGUGGGCUGUCCAGGCCGUGAGAAACUACCAUGCUCUAGAUAGAACUGGGCUUUGCCCAGCACGUGGAAAGAGGACGACUGUUCCUGCGUGCAGACCCGACUGGGCCACUAGGAAGUUUCUCUCUCCCUUCACUUCUUCCCAGCCCCUACCGGAAAGCAAGAUGUUGAUGCUGUUCCUCCCUCUGAAGGCGUCUGUCCAUUGGAAUCCAUUGUCCUGGCCAAAUACUUAAUAAAAGACCAGAUUUC